CGCUCGUAGUGUCUCUCAGCACAGUCACCAUGGGCUGGAUCUCACCCGCAUAAACCGCCAAACGGUGCUCGCUGCCGCUCGUCUUCUAUUUUCAGCCUGCCCACAGGUAUAUGAGGGAUUUCUCGUUGACGCACUACAUUUCAGCGACAGACGGUCUACCGCCGUGCGAGUAAAAUACACUCUGUUUACAUUUAGUUUGGACUGCUCGGCGUCGGGAGGCGACACGAGGCGAAGCGAGGCGCGGACGUGGUUUCAGAGUGGCCAUGGAGAGCGUGAAAUCCCCUUUUUAACAACCUCGCCGCUAUCAACUCUCCUGUUUUACGCACAAGGAGCGUUUGGAAUUAUUGCAACCCAGGGUAGCUGUGCGCACAAACCCGUGGCAUGACAGACCUGCGCGGGGGUGAAAAUCAUCCUCCUAAAUGUCAAGAAGAUGAAAUCUCCAGCAGCAGGUCGGGAGAAUAACUCAGGAGGGUUUAUUAGGCCGCGUCACUUCGCGUUCAUUUAACAACAGCAAACCGAGGCGACUGUAACCAGUUUUCAAAAUAAAAAAAGGGAGUAACCAUGUCCAGGACACUGAAGAAGAAGAAACACUGGUCCAGUAAAGUGGUGGAGUGCGCGGUGUCAUGGGGGAACCUGGGGGACUUUGGCUCCGUGGUGGAGGUCCUCGGGGGAGCAGAGCUGGGACAGUUCCCGUACCUGGGCCAGAUGAAGCUGGACGUGCUGGUGUGCCACGUCGGGAAGCUGCCCUACUACGGGGACGUUUUGCUGGAGGUGAACGGGACGCCCGUGAGUGGACUUACAAACCGCGACACCCUGGCCGUCAUCCGCCACUUUCGGGAGCCGAUUCGCUUGAAGACCGUCAAACCAGGUAAAGUAUUGAACACGGACCUGCGCCACUACCUCAGUCUGCAGUUUCAGAAGGGCUCGCUGGACCACAAGCUCCAACAGAUUAUACGCGACAACCUCUACCUACGCACCAUCCCCUGCACCACACGGCUUCCUCGCGACGGGGAGGUUCCCGGUGUGGACUACAACUUCAUCAGUGUAGGAGACUUCAGGAUCCUGGAGGAGAGUGGACUUCUCCUGGAGAGUGGGACCUAUGACGGUAACUACUAUGGGACUCCGAAGCCUCCAGCGGAGCCCAACCUGGUGCAGCCUGACCUGGUGGACCAAGUUCUGUUUGAUGAAGACUACGGCGGCGAGGUCCCCAGGAAACGCACCACCUCUGUCAGUAAGAUGGACAGGAAGGACAGCGCAGUCCCUGAGGAGGAAGAUGAUGAUGAGAGGCCACCGCUGGUCAAUGGAUUGCCCGAGCACAAAGAGGGGGCAGACUGGAGGAAAGCGGUGCCCAGCUACACCCAGUCCAGCAGCACCAUUGACUUCCGCACAUGGAGCUCUCUUCCCCGCGAUGACAGCCUGGAGCCGCUGCCUCUUAACUGGGAGAUGGCUUACACUGAGACUGGCAUGGUCUACUUCAUCGAUCACAAUACCAAGACGACCACGUGGUUGGACCCCCGCUUGGCGAAGAAGGCGAAGCCCCCUGAGAAGUGUGAAGAUGGAGAGUUACCUUACGGCUGGGAGGAAAUUGACGACCCACAGUACGGCACAUACUACGUCGACCACAUCAACCAGAAAACCCAGUUUGAGAACCCGGUCCUGGAGGCAAAGAAGAAGCUGAGCCAGGAGACGGCUGCGAUCCAACAAGCCGCAGCAGCACCUUCCCAAGGUAAAGGAGGUGCGUUUGGCUUCACUUCAGACCCCAGCGAACUGAAGGGUGAGAUGUACCACACAGCACUGAAGAAGAGCGCCCAGGGAUUUGGAUUCACCAUCAUCGGAGGCGACCGCACGGAUGAGUUUCUGCAGGUGAAAAACGUGCUCAGCGACGGCCCUGCUGCCCACGACAACAAGAUGGCGUCUGGUGAUGUGAUUGUUGAGAUUAAUGGGAUGUCUGUGCUGGGGAAAACCCAUCCAGAGGUGGUGCAGAUGUUCCAGUCCAUUCCCAUCAACCAGUAUGUGGACAUGGUUCUCUGCCGAGGCUACCCGCUCCCUCCAGAUGUGGAUCUAGACAGCGACGACCCUCUCCCGCCUCCUCCUCCGCCACCGGCCACCCAGCCUCCGCAGGCUCUGCACGGCGGAGAGGUUGUGACAGCCGUGCCCCUCAUCAACGGGCAGCCGCUGCUCGUGAAAGGCGACGUCCUGCACGGCUCCUCUCAGGAGCUCCACUACGUCACUACGGAUGCCAGCGGCCGGCCUGUCGUGGCGGCUUUGCCCAAUGGGAGGCAGGGGGAGCGAGGAGAGGUGGCUGCAGGGAUGCUGCAGCCAGAGCUGGUGAGCGUGCCGCUGGUCAAGGGACCUGGAGGAUUCGGGUUUGCCAUUGCUGACUGCCCGCUGGGCCAGAAGGUGAAGAUGAUCCUGGAUGCUCAGUGGUGCCGUGGCCUACAGAAAGGAGAUGUCAUUAAGGAGAUAAACAGGCAAAAUGUCCAAACGCUGAGCCAUGCCCAGGUGGUGGACAUCCUCAAAGACUUACCAGUGGGCAGCGAGGUCAACGUGCUGGUGCUGAGAGGAGGUCAAACUUCCCCUGUGAAGAGUCUAAAGCCUAGACAGGAAAUGACGGCCAGCACGGAGACUCUUGACGGUAUCGUAGAUUCGACCCCCCAGGCCCUGCCUUACCACUCCAACACGAGCACCCUGCGCUCCGCCGACUCCCCCAAACGAGACGUCACAGAGAUGUACCUGAAGUCCAAAGCCCUGCUGGAGAGCAGACAGCCUUACACCAAAGAUAUCGAUGUUUUUCUAAAGAGAGACAUCGAAACAGGCUUUGGCUUCCGUGUUCUGGGAGGAGAGGGUCCACAGCAGCCAAAUGUGUUCCCUCAGGUGUACAUUGGGGCCAUCGUGCCCAACGGAGCUGCAGAGAAAGACGGUCGUCUGAGAGCGGGAGAUGAGCUCAUUGGCAUCGACGGUGUGAUGGUGAAAGGUCGUUCGCACAAGCAGGUGCUGGAUCUGAUGACCAACGCUGCCCGCAACGGUCAAGUUAUGUUGACUGUGCGCAGGAAGGUCAUCUACAGAGAUGCGACAGAGGAAGAGGUUCAGGAAAUGGCUCCAGUGCUGGUGAACGGGUCCCCCAAGCUACCUCGCCUACCGAUGCCCAGCGCUCUGGACCACGAGUCUUUUGACAUCACGCUCCACCGCAAAGACUCGGAGGGCUUCGGCUUUGUCAUCCUCACCUCCAAGAGUAAACCGCCGCAUGGAGUUAUUCCCCACAAAAUUGGCCGAAUCAUUGAAGGCAGUCCGACCGACCGCUGCGGCCUCCUGCACGUUGGAGAUCGUAUCUCAGCGGUCAAUGGGCGCUCCAUCAUUGAGCUCUCUCACAAUGACAUUGUUCAGCUGAUCAAGGAAGCCGGCAACGUUGUCACCCUCACUGUGGUUCCUGAGGACGAAUACAAAGGCCCUCCAUCUGGAGCAAGUUCAGCUAAACAGAGUCCAGCUCUUCAGCACAGAGCCGUGGGUCAAAGGUCAGCGCUACAGGACGAACGUUAUAACCUGGACAUUGAAGAGAAAAGGGAGGGAGUCAACUGGUCCGACCACAAAACUCUUCCGCUUAGUGAGCAGGGAACACUGUGUGUGACCGGACCCAACCAGGGUUGUCUGACAGUGGAGCUGGAGAGGGGUCCCAGGGGUUUUGGUUUUAGUCUGCGAGGGGGAACGGAGUACAACAUGGGUCUGUACAUCCUGAGACUGGCUGAGGAUGGACCAGCUCAGCUGGACGGAAGAAUUCAUGUUGGAGAUGAGAUAGUGGAGAUUAACGGGGAGGCAGCACGUGGAAUUUCCCACACACGGGCUAUUGAACUGAUCCAGGCUGGAGGAAACAAAGUGGUACUGCUGCUGAGACCUGGGGCGGGCCUGGCUCAAGAUGGCAGUCAACAUGAUCAAAAACUCAUUUCACCCGCAAGCUAUUCCUCAGAGGUGUUUUUCUCUGACACAUCACCCCUGUCCUCUCCAUAUCCCACCGGGGCUUCCACCUUUGUUUCCUCUCCCUUCUCCGGCAAACUGAGACAUUCCCACAGCUGGAGCAGCAUCUCCCCGCAAGGCCUCAAGCCCCGCGCCAGCAGGGGUUUAAGCUCAGUGGAGGAGAUCAGUGAGUGGGCAGACAAAGAGGUAGGAAGGCUCUCUCCCACCUCCCCUGAGCAUAUGAAGUUCUACAAGAGGACCAGGCCCCCAAAGGACUCCAGAGAGCUAAGUAGCCCAAAGAAAACAGGGGAGACAUUUCUUAAAGCCAAAGAGCAACAUCACGGUCCCAAAAAGACGGAGAGUCAGGCGCAAGAAGAAAUACCAAGCAGGAACAGGAUGGCAAAAACACGAUCCACAAGCCCUAGGAAGUCUUCUCAAGCUGGGCAGCAAGUGGCUCCGACCCUGCAGCGUGCAGAGCAUCAACAAGGCCCUCAGAGGAGAUUAAAAGACUCUUCCAGCAGAGAGAGCUUGGAUCAUGAAAAGAAAAAUGGCAAAGGGGGGAAUCUCGAGAUCAGAGGAUGCUCGCAAACGCGGGAGAUAGAAGGGAGAGGAGAAAGGACAAGGCCCGGCCGCGAGGAAGCAAGUUUCAAAAGGAGGGUGGGAAGAGAAUCUCACCACCACAGGACGUCUCCACAUCCAGUCAAAGAGGGCGAGAAAAGUACAGGUAAAGACUCAGGGCAGAGAGAUGCUAAUGCAAAGUCUAAAUCCUCAGAAGACAGGAAUACAAGCAAAGAAACCGUCAACAAAAGAGAUUCACUGCAAUCUUUUAAAGAUUUGUGGAGCAGGAAAGCUUCUGUAGUUUCACCGAGAGAGGCGAAAGGAAGAGAAGACACAUUUUCCAAAGAAGUCGGUAGUAAGGAAGACUUUGUGGCCUCUAUAAACAGUUCUCCAGGGACGCCGCAGAGCCCAAAGGGACCUAUUAGCCCUGGCCCUUGGAAAGUGCCCAGCUCAGCCAAAAUCCUCUCCCAGGCAGAGGUCCUUCGUGACCCUUUGUGAUAGAAUAUUGAAUCAAAUCUCAGACUUGAGAAUAUUUAACAGCACCCUCAGCGGAUUGUUUUUCUGAGUUCUUCCAUAAAACAGAGACAUGGUGCCACUUUUAUUACCUUCAGACCAUGUCCAGAUUUGUCUUUCGACUCUGUCUUUUUCGGGAGUCCUGUGAAAUCACUUGUUGGCAUGUAGCAGCUCCCCUUCCGCCUUGACCGCUGCUUCAGCAUCUUCGAUGUGGGACUUAAGCAUGUGCGGCAUGCUCGGGGCCUCACCAGACGAGACAUUUUGAAAUGUGAAUAUGUGCCAAUCCUGGGAGCCUCCUGUGGAACGACGACCACCAACAGCGCUUCACCCAUUACAAUGCAAUGACCCAUAUGCAAAGAAAGGCCUCUCGCCUGUAGUAUACACCAAGUGUGACUGUCAUCGAGGGUUUCGUUUAGCUCUCGGCCUCAUUGUGGGAUAUUUUGACUGUCUUUUUCUUACUCGUUUGCUCAACUGCAUGCAGUCGGUCCUUCUGUUUGUUUUACUGCACGUGUUCUGCACAUCACUGAGGAUGAUCCUGUUUCUUGUUUAUAAUUCUCAUUCUCAACACCAGGCAGAUUUCUAACAAAAUCCAGCAAGCGUUCACUUUACCGGGGACUCUAGACUGUUCUAUGAUUAUAGACAUGGCUCUCCUCCAUACAAACACUAUCACUGAAAAGACCAGAAACUUGUGGUUUGAGAUCUUGUUUACCAUGUGUACGAUAACCAACCAGUGUGCAAUUUAUUGAGACGAUAGAUUAAUAUGUGUAUAUGUAGCCGUACCAAGUCAUUCCACAUUUUGAUAUAGACUUCAAAGAUUUGUCCCAUGUCAUUUGAGCUUUCACCUUCCCUCUGAUGUACUUCAGUGGUAGGAAUAACCAUGGAAUCUUGUAGUUCAUGAAAUGUAUAGGUAACGUGCAAACCGCUGUACCAAAUGUUUGCAAUCGCUCAAAACGUGUCUCAUUGUGAAAUAUAAUAUAUAUAUUUGAAUGUGUCAUGUUUUGCAGAUUAUAACUUUUAAAUAUCUAUUGAAUUUCAUUGCACUGCAUCUGCCCUUGUAGCAUAACAGACUGACCAUGAGUUGUAUUUAAUUUGUGAUGUUGACUUGCUACCAAUGCCAUUUUAUUAUUAUUAUUAUCGUUAUCAUUUUAUAAAGCUAUUUCAUUUUUUCUAAAAAAAAAAAAAAAUUAUAUCACUGUUUAAGGCCAAAAUGGCAAUUUAUAUAAUAAUGUGCAAGUUCUGAGUCAUGUCCCUGAUGGUUUUACCUUUGCCUACUGAGAAAAGAAAAACGAGGGGUUUUAAUGUAUAUGUCGAUCCUGCUGUAUAAUUAUCUGCCAGGGUAGCGUGAAGGAUAAUGGAUCUUAGAGAAUGAUGUGGUGGGUUACAGAGAUAUUGAACAUGCUGCUGAUGUAAGACAGGUAUACAAAUAUCCCACCUUCUUACAUAUUUUAAGGGUUGUCAAGCUGAUAGCUGUAAGAUAAACUGUUGGUUCCUAACAUGGGGCCAAUCAAUUUGAUCUCACUCCCAACUAGUCAAAUACUUGGUCAGUGGUUCUCAGCGUCAGAGAGGCGGUAUGAGAUGCAUCGUGUGGCAGCAUUUUUUUUUUUGUUUUGUUUUGUCAUAGGUUUUUUUUAGGGGGGAUGGGGGUUAAGUCUUUAUUGAUAGUGCAUCUAGAGAAUGACAGGAAAAGGGGAGGAGAAAGAGGAUGACAUGCCGUAAAGGCUGCACAUCGGAUACAAACCUGAGCUGUUGCCAGGGGCUCAUCUUUUAUGGGGCUCAUGCUCUACCAAGUGAGCGAGGACUCUCCCCACUGAUCUCACCGCUGAUCAUCUGCAAAAAAACAAGUGCUCAUAAUAAUAGGCUCCAUGUCCGUGACAGCAUUGCAACUACUUUAACAAUAUCAUAGCAAGAAAUGCCUAAAAUCCUUGCAACAUGAAUCACAUUUUUUGAGAAGAGCUGUUGUGAAAUAUGACAUUUCAGGUCACAGCAAUCCCAAGAACAGCCUGCAAAAUCCUGGAGGGACUGCAAAAUCCUGCAGGGACUGUAACAAAUGUAAAUCUACACACAGUCCCUGAGCCUCUAAAACUGACGCAGGAGGGGUACCAAAAGCAUCAUAUUUUGACGUGUAGGGCCACUUACCAUGCGGCAUUUGACAAGUUGGGAGUGAGAAUGCGUGGCACAUUUAAUUGUUGAAGCUUCAGCUGUAAAUCCAGAGAAAAAAAAUAUACUCAGUAUACCUGCUAAUACAAUGUAUGAGAGUAAGACAUAUUUUGAUGAGCUCAGGGAACACAGUAUAGUAGCAUAUGUGUGAUAGAGUCAGUGAUAGUGAUAGUGGAAUGAUGGUUAUGGACUGUAGUUGACUGUGAUAAGAGCUUGUGAUUGUAUAAGGGGGUUUUCAGGUAACGAAAUUACUCGAGGAUGUGCUGUGAACCAAUCAGUGGUAGGUCUUUGUGCAAUAGUUUGGUUGGUAGAGUGAGUAAAUCCAACCUUGAGUGUCAGGUAUAGGCAGUUCACUCUGGUGAGACAGAUAAUACCCUUUUUAUUGUAUGUCCCCUGCACUGUUGUACUCCUUUUUGCUUUUAUUUUGACCUUUUUUGUUUUUUAAUCUCAUCUCUGUAUCAUACUGUGGCCUUGCAUUGCUUCAUUAGAAAAACAAUCCUUGUGGUAUCUUCUACAUUCUGUAGGGACAGUAGAUGUAAAUGUUUGUACAUUGUACAGCACCUUUAUAAAUACUUGCUGAGUGCUCUUUCGGGGAGAAAAAACAAUAGAGGUAUAUUAAAUCGCUCCAUUAUUUUUUUAUGUAAAAAAACAAAAAAAGAAAAUAUUUAAAAAGAAUUGAAAAGGAUAGACUAUGACCUUGACAUGGUGUUCCGUUCAUGCACUGAGAAAUAAAGUUUUACUGAAAACA